AUGUUGAGUGUCUCGCCCAUGGGCGAUUGCAAUUUUUUAAUUCUUAUUUCUAUUUCAGCUCGUCGCCGAAAUGCGCCCCUCGCACCAACGCACCUGACAAAGAAGAAACACCACCCUGGACCGCCGGUAUCGAAGAAAAGCUCCAUCGGCGCGCACGACCAAGACAUGGACACGAUCCUCCCACUGCUCAAGACGAUAGCCCGCAGCCGCCCAAAGUCGACCAAGACGCCCGAGCGGCGUCCGUCCCGCGACAAGUCUCACGGUGACAAGCAGCAGCAGCAGCAGCAGCAGCGGCAGCACAACGGCGAGCUCGAGGUCCUCCUCUUCCUGCUCGCGCACAAGGGCAUGGAGUACGCGGCCAAGCGGUACCUGGCGUCGGAGCACGGGACCAAGAGGCGCGAGGAGGGCCAGCCGGCUGUUGACGGCGACGCGCUCGAACGGCUGGGGCGGGUCGUCCUGGCCAAGAUCAUGGGCGCGAAGGACGAGGGGCGGACGGCGGGAGGGGGGGUGCGGCGUAGACAUCGCGAUGAUGGGAACGACAGGGACGGGAACGGCAAGGAAAGGAACCACAAGGACGGGAACGACAAGCAUAGGAACGGCAUGAACGGGAACGACAAGCACAGACACGACAAGCACAGACACGACACGGGGCAGCGACGGCACCGGGAUGCGUCGUCCGAGUCGCGGUCUCGUCACCGACGGCAGUACGGCGGACACCGGGGCCGAGACGACGACGGUGGCAAGCACGAGAGGCAUCGGCGGGGGCAGCACGAGGGCGACGCGCAUCGACGGCAGAGGCGGCGCGGGCCGGCGCUUGAGAUGGAGGAGCUCCGCGUCAGGCUGGAGGACAUGUCGGAGGCGCUCAUCGGGAUGAAUGAGAGGCCUGCUGGGCGGCCGGGGCAUGAGGAGUGCGCGUACUACGACCUCUUCGUCGCGGCGUCGACGCCGCUGCAGGAUGCUAUUGGGGGUGUUCUGGGGCAGAUGAGGGAGGUCGAGGGGAGGAAGGGCCGCGGCCGGCGGAGGCACGGCGGCGAGCACAAGGAGAGGCGGAAGAAGGAGGUGCCGGAGCCUGAGGUCAGUCGGGGGCGGACGAGGAGGAGACAGGAGCAUGGGCGAUAA